AUGCAGCUGCUCCUGCUCCCACUCCUGCUGGCCUUCUUCCUGCACCCCAGGGCAGAGGCAGCAGAUGCCAGGUGGUGGGCUCAGUGGGUGCACACAAGCAGACAGACUUUUCCUUUAGGGGAGAUCAUCGGGGGACAUGAGGCCAAACCCCACUCCCGCCCCUACAUGGCCUAUCUUCAGUACUGGUAUCAACGGACACCGAAGUACUGUGGUGGUUUCCUGAUACGAAAAGACUUCGUGCUGACAGCUGCUCACUGCAACGGCAGCUCCAUGAAUGUCACCCUGGGAGCCCACAACAUCAAGGAACAGGAGAAAACCCAGCAGUUCAUCCAUGUGAGAAAAGCCAUUCCCCACCCAGACUAUGAUUCUGAGGUCUACACUAAUGACAUCAUGCUGCUGCAGCUGGACAGAAAGGCCAAGCGGACUGCAGCUGUGCAGCCCAUCAGGCUGCCCAGGGUCACAAGCAGGGUGACACCGGGGAUGGUGUGCAGUGUGGCCGGCUGGGGCCGGAUUGCUACACUGGGCCCAUCCUCAGACACGCUGCAGGAGGUGACGCUGACAGUGCAGGAAGAUGAGAAGUGUGAAUCCCACUACCCCAAGAACUACAAUGGGAGCAUACAGAUUUGUGUUGGGGACCCAAAGCUAAAAAAGUGUUCCUUUCAGGGAGACUCCGGGGGCCCUCUGGUGUGUGACAAUGUGGCCCAGGGCAUUGUCUCCUAUGGAAGGAAGAAUGGGAGUCCUCCACGAGUCUUCACCAAGGUCACAAGUUUCCUACCCUGGAUACACAAAACCAUGAAACGCCUCCAACUGCAGGAAGCAGACUAAGCCCCCUCUGCGAAUGACCAAGUUCUCUGGAUCUCAGUCCAGAUUUAUACCAGGGGAG